UGACGUAUGCACGGAUCCAAUCGAAGCACUUUCUACUCACGCCGAAUGGCUGAGAGGCUGUCAGUCAUCCCCUGGGCCCGCCCUUAGGGCAUAAAUAGCUGGGUAUGACGCAGCCUCGGCCUCUUUCAAUACUUCGAUAGAAGUGAUCCGUCAAGCAACUACAACUUUAUCUCAGAUUCGAGUUUUCAACCGUGUGCUUCAACUCUUUCAAGCCGGAUGUCGAGGCUGCUGUACCCGGAGUGCCCGCACAGCAGGGACAAAGGGGACCGGCACCGAUUUUGCAUUGUCUGUCUCGGCAGAGAGCACGCCGAGGCAGCGCUGUCGGGCGGUUCUACCUGCGAAUUCUGUGCUGAACUGACACUCGCUAAAAUUACUAAGCGCUCGGCUUACUGGACUCGCAGAGAGGCGAGAGAAGCUGCUGCCCAGGCUGAGGAGAUUCCCACAGCCGAAGGCAGCACAGAUCACGAUAUGGAGGGGCAUGACUGUCGCGAGCCCGCCACAGCCAACCCCGCUCCCACCUUGCCAUCUGGCGGGAGUUCACGCCACGAGGCAGCAGGGGAGCUAGCUGCACCAGCCCCACAUGCAAGAGUGAGGUCGCACCACGAGGCGGUGGAGUUACCGCGUGGCUUCCACGACCAGCCCCUGCCAGAGCUGGUAUUUGGGCAGGAGUCGGAGGAACAGCCAGAGGACUUCAGUGAUGCAGAGGGGUAUUAUGGUGAAUAUGAGGAGGAGGUGGUCGAAGAGUCCCGGGCAUCCUCUCCUCCGGUAGGUUCGAGGACACUGGGUCUGCAGCUGCACGAGGUGGCUACCAGGGCAGCUAGCAAACUCGGCCUCCCUCUCCCCACCCCCCCCAGCACAGAGAUGUCGUUGCUGGAUGGGGAAUACUACGCCGGGCCCCAAACACCGGCGCCCUGCCCAAUCCCGUUUUUUCCAGAAGUGCACAGGGAGCUAGUCAAGACUUGGAGCAACCCCUAUUCGGCCCGUGCCCCAGUCCCAGGCUUUGCUGCCUACAUGCAUAUGGACCAGGCCAAGGAGUGUGGAUAUCUCUCCUUCCCACAAGCAGCAUGCUCCAUCAACACAGCGGCGUUGCUGCAGAGAUAUCAGGCCAAGCUACUCACGGAGCUGUCUAAUACGCUGGAUGCUGAGAGUGAGUUGGUGGUGGAACUGCGCAGGGCGACUGACCUGUCUCUCCGCCUCACGCGCUGUUCAUCUCAGGCAGUGGGCCGUGCUAUGGGGGCGGCAGUAGCAACACAGCGUUCUCUGUGGCUGUCCCUGGCACAGCUGUCGGAACGGGAGAAGGCCCCACUCCUAGAUGCCCCGGUGAGUGCUGAAGGAGUGUUUGGUGAUGCUGUGGGCACAAUGACUGCUAAAUUUGAGGUGGAGCAGAAAAGCCGGGAGGCUUUCAUGGCCUGGAUGCCACGCAGCAGAGGUGAACCCCGGGGCCCCCCGGGUGGACCAGCUCCAGCUCCUGGCAUGAAGCGGGGGAGUGGAUCCCGUUCUCCAGCUCUUCCAGCUAAGAUGCCGGCAAGGAGAGGAUGGCAGCGACACCCGUUUAGGCCGCCGCCCCAGCCUCAGCCACAGGACCCACAGCCAGCACCGCAGCAGCAGCAGAGAGCGCCGUUCGUCCCGCGCCAGACUACUGCCCGCCGUGGUGGUGCGAACAGGACGCGGACCUGA